AUGAAAUCGACAACAUUAAUCGCCCUCGCGGCCUCGUUGCUGCCGGCAGAGGGACUUGUUCUGAAGAAGAGUGAGGCAGGUGCGCCCAAGGUGGUUGGUCUGGACUUGCACAGAGAAACGAUACCGUACACUCGCAACAAGAGGGACAUGCUGAGAAGGAGAGGUUCAGUACAAGCAACUUUGGACAACUUGGAAACGCUAUACUUUGUUAAUGGUUCCCUCGGAACACCCUCGCAACCGAUGAGAUUCCACCUCGACACCGGAUCCAGCGAUCUCUGGGUCAACACCGCCAGCUCCAGCCUCUGCUCAGGCACCGGCUCGCCGUGCUCCGUCUCUGGCACCUACGCCGCCAACUCGUCCUCGACCUACAAGUACGUUGGCAGCUGGUUCAACAUAUCCUACGUCGACGGCUCCGGCGCCUCGGGCGACUACGCGACCGACACCUUCACCAUCGGCAAGUCGACCCUCACCGACUUCCAGUUCGGCAUCGGCUACACGAGCUCCUCGGCGCAGGGCAUCCUCGGCGUGGGCUACCGCGUCAACGAGGUGCAGGUCGGACGCGCCGGCAAGGACCCCUACGACAACCUCCCCGCCAAGAUGGUCGACGAGGGCCUGAUCAAGUCCAACGCCUUCAGCCUCUACCUCAACGACCUCCAGGCCAGCACGGGCAACAUCCUCUUCGGCGGCGUCGACACCGACCACUACGAGGGCGAGCUCAAGACGAUCCCGAUCCAGAAGCAGGGCAGCGCCUACUCCGAGUUUCUCAUCACCCUCACCAAGGUCACGCUCGGCUCCAAGACGCUCAACGAGGACAUGGCCCUCGCCGUGCUCCUCGAUUCGGGCUCCUCCCUGACCUACCUCCCCGACGACAUGGUCACCACCAUCUUCUCCAUGGUCGGCGCCGUCUACCAGCAGGACGAGGGCGUCGCCUUCAUCCCCUGCUCCGCCGCCAACUCGGGCAACAUGACCUUCACCUUCUCCGACCCCGUCAUCACCGUGCCCAUGAACGAGCUCGUCCUCGACCUCAUCCCCAUCACCGGCAAGCGCAUCGCCUUCUCCAACGGCGUCCAGGCCUGCCUCUUCGGCAUCGCCCCCGCCGGCGACGGCACAAACGUCCUCGGCGACACCUUCCUGCGCUCCGCGUACGUCGUCUACGACCUGGACAAUAACGAGGUCUCGCUCGCGCAGACAAAGUACAACGCCACGAGCUCCAACGUCCUCGAGAUCGGCACCGGCAGCAAGGCCGUCCCCUCCGCCGUGGCCGUCGCGAACCCCGUCGCCGCCACCGCCGGUCUCGUCCGCGGCGGUGGCAGCAGCAGCGCGGCGGUGCCGUCCCUCGGGCCCAUUGCCGCAUCGCUCCUCGCGGUGGGCGCUGCUUUCACAACCGGGUUCUGUCUUUUGUUUUGA